AUGACAACAAAUAUAAAAUCUGGAGUUACAAGUAUGAAAAGUGAGUAAGAAGAUAAAUUUUAAACUUAAAACGAAUAAGAAUAAUAUACAUAGGAGUAGAAAGGAUAACCUUAAUAAUCUAGCAAAAAACUUACAAAUAAAGAAAGAUAAAAUGCUGUUUUUAGUCAAUAAAAAUAAGUGGAUUAACAUACAUCUGCUACAAAAUAAUAUCAUCAGCAAGAAGAAUGCAUAAAAUAAGCAUAUAAGCUGUUUGAAGAAUUAAAUUUAGAGAGAUAAAUUCUUUAAGAAUAGGUUGAAAUAGUUAAAGAUGAAAUUUAAAAAGAAAAUAUAGACAUAUUUAGUGAUUUAAGGGAGUAAAUGAAAAGAAUAUAAGAAAAUUUAUCAUUAGAAGUUAAGAAUGCAAACGAAGAUUAAAGUAAAUUAGAAUUGUAAAUAUAAGAUUUAAGAAGGCAAAAGUAAGAUUUAGGCAAUUAAUUUGCUCUAGUUUUAGGCAAUUUUGAAAGUUUAUACGAUAAGAUAGGCUACACAACCUAAGACAUACAAAAUGUUUAAAAUAGCUUACUUUUGUAAGACUCUACAACCCUUGGAUACUCUAAUAGGUCUAUGAUAUGA